AUGUCCGAACUACGAUUUGAUAACCAGACGGUCGUCGUCACCGGCGCCGGCGGUGGUCUGGGAAAGGCAUAUGCUCUUUUCUUCGCCUCAAGGGGUGCUAACGUCGUUGUGAACGACCUCGGCGGCUCUCACUCUGGCGAGGGCAAGUCAUCAAAGGCCGCAGAUAUCGUUGUCGAGGAGAUCCGCGCCGCCGGCGGCAAGGCGGUUGCCAACUACGACAGCGUCGAGAACGGUGAGGCUAUCAUUGAGACGGCCAUCAAGAACUUCGGCCGUAUCGAUGUUCUGCUCAACAACGCCGGUAUCCUCCGGGAUAUCAGCUUCAAGAACAUGAAGGAUUCCGACUGGGAUCUGAUCAACCGCGUUCACACCUACGGUGCUUACAAGUGCGCCCGCGCCGCCUGGCCUCACUUCCGCAAGCAAAAGUACGGCCGUGUCAUCAACACUGCCUCCGCCGCCGGUCUUUUCGGCAGCUUCGGCCAGGCCAACUACUCGGCUGCCAAGCUCGGCCAGGUCGGUUUCACCGAGACCCUCGCCAAGGAGGGUGCGAAGUACAACAUCAUUGCCAACGUCAUUGCUCCCAUCGCUGCUAGCCGCAUGACUGCUACCGUGAUGCCCCCUGAUGUUCUGGAGAACCUCAAGCCCGACUGGGUUGUUCCCCUCGUUGCCGCUCUCGUCCACUCCUCCAACACCACCGAGACUGGUGGUAUCUAUGAGGUUGGAGGUGGUCACGUCGCUAAGCUCCGCUGGGAGCGAGCCAAGGGUGCUCUCCUCAAGACCGACUCGUCUCUGACUCCCGGCGCCAUUGCCGCCAAGUGGAACGAGGUCAACGACUUCUCCAAGCCCGAGUACCCUAACGGUCCCGCUGACUUCAUGGGCCUGCUCGAGGACGGCUUGAAGCUCCCCAGCGCCCCCAAUGCCGAGGAGCCCGACUUCAAGGGCCGUGUUGCUGUCGUCACUGGUGGUGGUGCUGGUCUCGGCCGCGCUUACUGCUUGCUGUUUGCCAAGCACGGUGCAAAGGUCGUCGUCAACGACUUGAUGGACCCCGAGCCUGUCGUCCAGGAGAUCAAGAAGAUGGGUGGUGAGGCCGUUGGCAACAAGGCCAGCUGCGAGGACGGUGAUGCCGUCGUCAAGUCCGCCAUCGACGCCUAUGGCCGUAUCGAUAUCCUCGUCAACAACGCUGGUAUCCUGCGCGACAAGGCUUUCACCAAUAUGGAUGACAAGCUGUGGAACUCUGUCAUCGACGUUCACCUCCGCGGUACCUACAAGGUCACCAAGGCUGCUUGGCCCUACUUCCUUAAGCAGAAGUACGGCCGUGUCGUCAACACUGCCUCCACCAGUGGUAUCUACGGUAACUUCGGCCAGGCCAACUACGCUGCCGCCAAGCUGGGAAUCCUCGGCUUCUCCCGCACUCUCGCCAUGGAGGGUGCCAAGUACAACAUCAAGGUCAACACCAUUGCCCCCAACGCUGGUACCAACAUGACCCGCACCAUCAUGCCUGAGGAGAUGGUCCAGGCCUUCAAGCCCGACUACGUUGCUCCCCUGGUUGUUCUGCUGUGCUCUGAUGCCGCCCCCGAGCCCGCUACCAAGGGUCUCUUCGAGUGCGGUAGCGGCUGGUUCGGCCGCACCCGCUGGCAGCGCUCCGGCGGCCACGGUUUCCCCGUGGACGUCCAGCUGACCCCUGAGGCUAUUGUGUCCAAGUGGAAGGAGAUCACCAACUUCGAGGACGGCCGUGCCGACCACCCCGAGGAUGGUCAGGCCGGUACCGAGCGCAUCAUGGCCAACAUGUCCAACCGUUCCGGUGGCAAUGGCGAGAACGAGACCCUCGCCAACAUCGAGAAGGCCAAGUCUCUCACUGCCGAGGGCACUCCCUUCGAUUAUGUCGACCGCGACAUCAUCCUGUACAACCUCAGCCUGGGUGCUAAGCGCACUGACCUGCCUCUGGUGUACGAGAACAACGAGCACUUCCAGGCUCUACCCUCGUUCGGUGUGGUCCCCUGGUUCAACACCGCUACCCCCUGGAACAUGGACGACAUUGUCAAGAACUUCUCGCCCAUGAUGCUGCUCCACGGUGAGCAGUACAUGGAGGUCCGCAAGUUCCCUAUCCCCACUACCGCCAACACCCUCACCUACCCCAAGCUCAUCGACGUUGUCGACAAGGGCAACGCCGCCAUUGUCGUUGCUGGCUACACCACCAAGGACGCCAAGACCGGCGAGGACCUGUUCUACAACGAGUCCACCGUCUUCAUCCGUGGUAGCGGUGGCUUCGGUGGCUCUCCCAAGCCCACCGCCGCCCGCGCCAAGGCUGCCACCGCGGCCUACAAGCCCCCCAAGCGUGCGCCCGAUGUCGUCGUUGAGGAGAAGACCUCCGAGGACCAGGCUGCUCUGUACCGUCUGAACGGUGACCGCAACCCUCUGCACAUUGACCCCGAGUUCAGCAAGGUCGGUGGCUUCAAGACCCCCAUCCUGCACGGUCUGUGCUCGCUCGGUGUCUCCGGCAAGCACGUCUUCGCCAAGUACGGUGCCUUCAAGAACCUGAAGGUCCGCUUCGCCGGUGUUGUUCUGCCCGGCCAGACUCUCAAGACUGAGAUGUGGAAGGAGGGCAACACCGUCCUCUUCCAGACCACCGUCGUCGAGACUGGCAAGCCUGCCAUUACCGGUGCCGGUGCCGAGCUGCUCGAGGGCGCGAAGGCUAAGCUGUAA